CCUUGAGCCGUUGCAAUUCGCUUCGACCUUUAUUUGUUUUGAAAGUUUUUUUAUACGUGUUAAAACUGUUUUAUAAUGGUUAAUUGUUGUGUUGAAGGUUGUAAUCACAACCGUAAAAACUCUUCAGUGACACUCCAUCAAUUUCCUAGAAAGGAAAAAGAACCAGAACGUUACCAAGCCUGGAAGAAUAGAAUCAACCGUAAACAUUUCUUUCCAAAUUCAAAUAAUGUGGUAUGUAGCUUGCAUUUUACGGACGAAGAUUUUGAAAACAAAUUGAUGAAAACACUGCUACCAGAUAAAAAUCUUAAAAGAAUGCUGAAAAAGACUGCCGUUCCGAGUCUUUUGUUGGAUAAGAAACAAACAAAAAUAACUGUUCCUACUAGUGUGAGAAAAUCUAGUCGAAAAAAAAUUGAAGUACAAUCUCAGAUUGAGUUAGUUAAACAAGCGUUCCCACUUGAUGCAAUGCCUGAUGAACCUAUGGAUAUGGACAAUCUUGACAUUAAAGAAGAUAUCACUGAAAUGACGAUUGAAGAAGUAGGGAUUCAGUGUGAACUAGGUAAAAAAGAGUUUCACAAGUAUUCAAUUGAGAAUAAUUCUCAGAAGAAAUCGAUACAUUCUGCCUUCAGUGAGAAGGAAAGUAUCAGUGAAACCACGGUAAAAAAAGAAGUUGACGAUGAUGAAGAAAUUACCGAGGACAGUGAAUUUGAGUAUGUGUUGGUGCAAACUAAGCUUCUGAUGCCUCUUUUUUCAUUUUGUUCUAUUUGCAAGUCCCCAGUUAAAGACAUCAAAAAGUUUACAAAAGGCGCUGUAUUGCAUGUAAAGUAUAAAUGUCCCAAUGGACAUUGUCAGACAUGGUCCUCCUCUGAAAAUCCAGACAAAUAAACAGUUUGUGGGACAAUUUUGUUCAACUUUUAUAUUUUGCAAAAACUUCAAUAAACUAUUGAUCUCUAUUAGUGUAUAA